AGAAUAUAUAAUGAUUCGUGGUUACGAAACAGUCUGGAGGUCUUAAGCACAUCACCACGCAAGUACAGAAGCACCAUGCCACUUGGAGCACCUAGCAUUGUGGUUUCGCGUAGGCGGAGACGUGGAUGUGCAUUCGGUCUGAAGCUCAGGAGCUCCAACAGUCUCUCUGAUUGCACUGACCGCACUCGCCGGCGCCGUCCGAUACGUCAUGGUGUUACGCUCUCCUUCGUCGGUCAAUAUGGAGGGUACGAGGGCGUCAAGGUACCGGGAAGGGAUGGGGUGAAGCAAGGGUUCCUGGUCUUCUUCUUAGCGCUGGAUUUGGACAAGCACCACUAG